AUGAGGAAAGAGUUGAAAUAUAUGAUUCUGGGGAAUCUGGCGAUUGUCUCAGUGAUAUUAUAUGUGACGUUUGAUUUAUUGACUUUAGCCAUAGACGAUACUUUCCAAGAUGCUCUGUUGGAGAGCGAUUUGAAUCCUGUCGCUGGGAGUGAGAAACCGCAGCUUAUCCCCAAGAUUAUCCACCAGACAUACAAGACGACCGAUAUACCGGAGGUCUGGAAGGAAGGCCAACAAAAAUGUAUCGACCUGCAUCCCGAUUACAAGUACAUACUUUGGACCGAUGAGAUGGCGUUGCAGUUUAUUCGAGAGGAGUAUCCGGAUUAUCUGGAGACUUUCCAGAACUACAAGUAUCCGAUCCAGAGGGCGGACGCUAUCAGAUAUUUUAUUCUUUCGCAUUUUGGCGGUGUCUACAUCGAUUUAGACGACGGAUGUGAAAGAAGACUGGAUCCGCUGUUGACGGUGCCGGCAUUUGCCAGAAAGACGUCGCCUACCGGUAUUUCGAACGAUGUGCUGGGCUCAGUGCCACAGCAUCCGUUCUUCUUGAAGCUCAGAGACUCCCUCCACAGGUAUGACAGAAACUGGCUGGUACCGUACAUUACGAUCAUGGCUUCGACGGGACCGCUGUUCGUCAGUAUGGUCUGGAAGCAGUACAAGAGAUGGGGGGUUCCGGAGAAUGGUGUCGUGAGGAUCUUGCAACCUGGGGACUACAAGAUGCACACUUACUCGUUUUUCUCGAUCUCGAGGGGCUCGUCGUGGCAUUUGGACGAUGCCAAGUUUGUCAAAUCGCUGGCAAAUCACAUCUUGGCAUGUGUUGUAGCCGGGUUUGUGUUUGCGUUCUUCGUGCUUUACUGCGAGUAUUGCUUCUACUGCUGGCUAUGUUCGAAGAGCGGCAACAACAAGGGCUUCGUCUCACGGUUUUACCGGAGAAUACUCGCGGCCGUGGGUCUGCAAUCACGAUCCGACAAUGCGAGCGUGAUCGUCAACGCCCGUAGCAGUAACGACGAUGUAAGGCUUAGAAGGUUGAGAAAGGAUUCCAACUUGCCACACAGCUUUGUCCUUUCGGAUCUGGAGAAGAAUCAUCCAACUUUCACCGAUAUGAGUACCUGA